UCGAGGGAUAAUAGUCUUAUAUACGAUAUACGAGUAGUUUUUAAUAGUGAGCUAAUUUAGAAAUGUACAAACUGUUUGUAAAGUACAAUUCUAAACUUUAAUACAGAGUGUUUGUGAUUUUUCUCGUAUUUGUAUAGUAUUUUGUUAAACGACUUGAGUGAAUAAUUGCAUGUAGUAUGCCGCAGUUUCAUAAAAUCGAAAUAAAUAGGACCGAAUGGGAGGUUCCGGAACGAUAUCAAAUGUUAACACCAGUAGGAUCGGGAGCUUAUGGACAAGUGUGUUCAGCACUUGAUACAAAAACUGGUCAGAAAGUAGCAAUAAAAAAAUUAGCCAGGCCAUUCCAGUCAGCUGUACAUGCAAAACGCACUUAUAGAGAACUUCGUAUGUUGAAACACAUGAAUCAUGAAAAUAUAAUUGGUUUAUUAGAUGUUUUUCAUCCAUCUUCUUCUUUAGAAGAUUUUCAACAAGUAUAUUUAGUGACGCAUCUGAUGGGUGCAGAUCUCAAUAAUAUUGUAAGAACUCAAAAGCUUUCUGAUGAUCAUGUACAAUUUCUUGUUUAUCAAAUUUUUCGUGGUCUCAAAUAUAUUCAUUCCGCGGGUAUAAUACAUAGGGAUUUGAAGCCUUCUAACAUAGCUGUAAAUGAGGAUUGUGAGCUGAAAAUUUUAGAUUUUGGAUUGGCUAGACCUACAGAAAAUGAAAUGACUGGUUAUGUUGCUACAAGGUGGUAUAGAGCUCCAGAAAUUAUGCUCAAUUGGAUGCAUUACAAUCAAACAGUUGAUAUUUGGUCUGUUGGAUGUAUAAUGGCUGAAUUAUUAACAGGGCGAACGUUAUUUCCGGGAACAGAUCAUAUUCAUCAAUUGAAUUUAAUAAUGGAGAUACUGGGUACUCCACGAGACGAAUUUAUGCAAAAAAUAUCGUCAGAAUCGGCAAGAAAUUAUAUACAAAGUUUACCUCCGCUUAAAAAAAAGAAUUUCAAAGAUGUUUUCCGCGGAGCCAAUCCUUUAGCUAUAGAUUUACUUGAAUUAAUGUUAGAAUUAGAUGCUGAGAAACGCAUUACAGCAGAACAAGCUUUAGCUCAUCCAUAUCUUGCACAAUAUGCUGAUCCAACUGAUGAACCAAUAUCUUUGCCUUAUGAUCAAAGUUUUGAAGAUAUGGAUUUACCUGUUGAAAAAUGGAAAGAACUUGUUUAUCAUGAAGUUAUAAAUUUUGUACCUCAACAAUUACCUACAAUAGCUUCGGGUAUUGAGUCUACUUCGUAAGAUUAUAUUAAUAGCAUAAGUAAUAUAUUAAGUAAGAUAGCAUAGUAAGAUAAUCUUAAUAAUUAAUAAUUAUAAAAAAAAAAUAUGUAUGUUAUAUACAAAAAAUUAUUGUAUAUAAUAUGAUAAGAAACAGUUAAUCAUACAAAUUUAUUUGUAUCAGAGGCAAAAUGUAUAUUUUUGUUAAUGACAAUGUACAAGAAAUGCUAAUAUUUUUCAUCUUGAGUAUAUUAAUUUAGAAUGUAAAACUAUUGAACAUAUGAUAAAUUAUACAUAUUCAUAAUUGUAUAUGAAUCAUAUAUUCACAUGUUUAGAUACUUUGAAGCUACAAGUGCACUUUAAUAAUUCAGUUUAAUUAAAAUUUAAAAUAAUAUUUUCCAUAAAAUCAAAAUAUUUAAUAUGAAAAACAAAUUGAAAAUAAGUUAUAAAAAUUUAGCUUCAAAGUGUUAAAUUUUGUUCUAUUCUAUUUAUCACUGGUUCUAGUCUGUAACAAAAAACAUAUUGCAUUGAAUUCAUGGUUAAAAAUAAUUUUUAUUUCAUGCAAAAAUAAUUUAAAAUAAUUUAAUCUGUAAGAUACGUUAUAAUAAUGCUUUUAACAACAAAUAUGGCUAAAUAAAUUUUUUGAUCUUUGUA